CAAAAGUCGGAAGACUCCACAGCUUUGUAUUAGAUUUUACACCCAUACAUACGGCUAUAAUACUUAAAAGAACAACAUAAAAAUCAGGGCCGCCAUGAAAAUUCCACCAUUUAAUUCUCGUUGCGUGCCAAUAUAGGCUGUAUGUGUGACGCCUUCGAUUUUUUAAAUUCUUCGGCGCGUUGUAUUAACAUUCCAAAUUCAAAAGUGGCGUUCAUUGUAGCUUGUCUAUUGUUUGACGUAAUUUUUUCUUGGUGGCGGGAAAAAUAAGUGACAAUUAUUUUGUGACUACAGAAGUUGGAAAUCAGUCAAAAUUAAGCAAUUAAAAGAAUAUUUGUUCGCGAAGAUGGGCCCUGGUGAUAGGGGGCCGAAGACUACCGAAGACAGGUCUGCUCCUGUCGAACGGACUGGCUUCAGGAAGUUUCUGGUCGACAAUGUGAUGUUGGUCGUGACCCUGGCUGGAGUCAUCACUGGGAUCGGUCUAGGUCUCGGACUCCGGCCUUACCACUUAGGCCCUGACGCGCUAAUGAUAAUCUCAUACCCUGGUGAAUUGUUCAUGAGGCUCCUCAAACUUAUGAUCUUGCCUCUGAUCAUCGCCAGUCUGAUCGCUGGCUCAGCAAGUUUGAACGCAAAAAUGAGUGGGAAGAUAGCUGUGAGAACUUUGCUGUAUUUUAUACUGACUUCAAUGUUCAACGCUUUUCUGGGACUCGUGUUGGCAAUGCUGAUCCAUCCAGGAGUGCCUGAGAUUAAACAGUUUGGUUCUUACGUUGAGGAGAGGAGGGAACACAGUAUUCUGGACAGCAUUUUGGAUAUCGGCAGGAACAUUUUUCCGGACAACAUCGUGCAGGCUGCUUUCCAACAAGCACACACUGUGUAUACUCAACCGCCUGCAAUGUUUGGGAGGAACGGGAGUGAUAAUGACACCGUGCCUGCUAUGGUUCGGGUUGUAGCUUACAGGUCAGGAACCAACACCCUAGGCUUAGUAUUCUUCUGCCUCGUCUUUGGCAGUCUUCUGGGCACAUUAGGGGCGAAAGGCCAAGUGGUCAUCGACUUCUUCCAAGCUAUCUUUGAGGUCAUCAUGAAGAUGGUGACAGGAGUCAUGUGGUUCACCCCAAUUGGGGUCAGCAGUGUUAUAGCUGGGAAGAUUCUUGGUGUCAAUGAUGUUGCGUCAGUAAUGUCCCAACUAGCCUGGUUCAUAGCGACAGUGGCAGUAGGAGUGUACUUGUACCAGCUCAUAGUGAUGCAGGUCAUAUACUUCAUAUUCUUGCGCCGCAACCCUUACAAGUUCUACUGGGGCUUGUCCCAUGCCAUGCUCACGGCUUCUGCUACUGCUUCUACUGCUGCAGCACUCCCGGUAACAUUCCGCGCGAUGGAGGGGCCGCUGCAGAUCGACCCGCGCAUCACUCGCUUCGUGCUGCCCAUCGGCUGUAACAUCAACAUGGACGGCACCGCGCUGUUCCUCUCAGUAGCCAGUGUCUUCGUCUGCCAGAUGAACGACAUACAUCUUGGAUUUGCUCAGCUUGCUACUAUUUUCUUGACAUCAACAGCGGCUUCAGUAUCAUCAGCGUCAGUGCCGUCAGCAGCGAUGGUGUUACUGCUGGUAGUACUAGCUGCAGUAGACGCUCCUACACACGAUGUCUCGCUGCUGUUCGCUGUUGAUUGGCUUGUUGACCGCAUCCGUACACAGAACAACAUGCUGGGAGACUGCUACGCGGCGGCGGUUGUUGAACAUCUCUCCAAGAACGAACUCAUGGCUUGCGACGCUUUAAAUGCGGACCCCAUCAACGGUUUGACUCCCAACACAGACGUGGACAUAGGCAUCGUGACCCCCAGUAAAAAGUCCAUCGGCUCCGACGAGGUCAUCAUAGACAUGCAUUUAAAUAACCACACCGAUACUAUCAAACGGAUAUAGUUUUUACCCUCAUUUGUAUUCAUCCCUUAGAUAAGCUUUAUUCAUGGAGGAUAAAAUAAAGAGCAGAGAUGUCAUAAUG